UGUCACACUAUUUUCAGUUUCGCUGUUACACAUUUCCCCACACUUUGCUCCACACUACUCGUACACUUUCUUUUCGUUGCUUUCACGUUUUUGUUCUUUUAUUCCAUCAUGAGUGAUGGCAGUCAAAACAAAGGAGAGCUCUUGGAGAAAUCUCAGUCUCAGAUCGUCUUUGAGGAGCCGCUAGUGGAGGUUCGGGAAAAUUCGAAUGCUUCUAUCGGUGACAGGCGGGAGGAACAGCUCCUUGGAUGACAUGCUGGAGAAGAGGACAAGCAAAGAAGGGGACAGAGCGGCAUCGUCUUCAAAAAUUAAACCUCAAGAGCAACCCAAGCGGAGCGGAACACCAAAAGCAAAGCCUGGAAGAGAAGUAAUGGGUAAGAAAGCCACCAAAAAGUCUCCCAGAAGGGAGAUUAAUGCACCGAAGGCGCCCACAAAGAAGCCACAAAAGACUGCCGAGAAAUCUGUGGGCAAGAAGUCAGAGAAACCCACGAAGAAAGUUCCACGAAGCUCUCCCACACAGAGAAAGUCAUCCCCAAAAAAAGCACAGGGAGUGUCCAUAGAAGGGUCCCUCUCUAGUAAUAGAAUUUCAAUGGAAAGUCUUGGCCUUCAGGCAAUGCGCUCCAAAACAUCGAUUGCCUCGAAACUUUCAUUUACGUCGAGGUCUUCCCGGAGGUCUACCAGAAGUCGAAGCUCGAAGAAUCUGCUUGUUGCAGAGGGUUUCAAAAUGAUUAGGAGGAAAGCCAAACAGAAUGAACCGCUGCCUGGAGCAGAAGAACAGUCGAAGGAGUCUGCACACGAAGACGACUUGUCCUCGUCCGAGUCGGACACUUUGGAGACAUACCAAUCGAGUCUGGUCGAAACUGUAGUAGUCGAGGAGGAGGCAAUGGAACUCUCCCAGAGGCUUGCCUUUCUCCAGGUAUUAAAGGACCUGCCCGACAUACGUGACCUUUCGGAGACUACCACCAUCGAGUCGAUUCCGAUACAGGACACUGAGGAAGCGAAUGCCGAACGCUUGACCGACACUGGACACUUUGUGGAUGGCGUCGCAAGCAAUGAGCAUUCCGAAUCGGACACGGGGACUCAGCACAGUCUGGAAUGCGAAGCCACCGAACAUAGAGCGGAUCGAACAGCCGAUGACAGCGAAAGCUUGGAUAUGUCACUGGCUACUGAAUCCGAAAGUGGUGACGACUUUGCAGAACCUCCCUGGACCGAAGAGUCGGUGGAUGAUAUUACCAAGAGCAUGAUGAGCAUUGUGUUCACAAGCGACGAGGCCAUGCCUGUGCUUGUCCUCGGGGAUGAUCUCUACGAGGUCUAUCUGGCCAAUAUGGAGACGUGUCAGCAGUUGCUCACUCAACUGAUCAAUGAGGCCGUAAACUAUGCCGAGAGCGACUACGUUCGCUUGACGCGAGUCCUAGACAAGGAAAAAAUGAUGAAGCAGCUCUAUAAGCUAACAGUGGACUAUUCGGUGGAGCGGCAUCGCAAUACGAAGCUCGAUAACCUGGUCUGUGAGUUUUACCUGCGAAAGAAAUGCAUGGGCUUCAUCAGCGGACCGAAGGGGUCAGACGCAUUCAGCAGGACCCGAUACCGGAACGCCAUCCUCGAGCUGGACAGCCGUCUGAGUGUGGAGAUCGAGACGGAGAAGAAAAAGGAGAGUAUUAUAAAGCAGUUGCGCGACGAGGAAGAAGCCGCUACGGUCGAGGCCGACGAGAAGGUCCGCCACUUUGAGAACAAUGUCAUGCAGACCUUGUGCUUUAGGGAUGGGUUUGAUCAUCUGAAAGCUUUGGUUGGCGUGAUCCUGCGAGGCAUCUCAAGGUUUCGCGAGGAAGUGGAUCAAGUCAGAUUGGCUCUACUGCUUACCCAGCACCAAAAUGCAUCCCUAACUAUUCAAUUGGAUAAGAUGGAAAAUCUGGGCGAUGGCCUCAAAAUGCACGAGUAUCUGUCCAAUCAGGCCACCAACCAAUCUUUGGGCAUCAAAAUAAAUGAACGUAAUGGGGAACUGAAGCGAUUGAACAGACGCAUCACUCACGACACCCAUGCCCUGGCCCACUUUCAGAACAAAGAGCUGAUGAACGGAAACAUUCUGGCGCGCAUGAAAAUAAGACUCCAUCGAAGGAUAGCAACGAGAGAGAACCUCCGGAUGAUCAUCUACACGGCCAAGAUCAGGCACCUCAACCUGAAGAAUGAAAAGAAGAGAGUACGCGCCGCCGGCUGCCUCAUGCACUACCCCGGCCUGAUGAAAGACUACGACGUGACCCUCGAGCAGCUGGAGGCGAAGCGCAAUGUGGUCCAGAAGCUGCGCUUGGAGCAUGCACGCCUGGAGCACAGGGUAGAACAUGUGGGGACCAUCAUAGCCGAGACUGAAAAGCGGCUACGAAGUGUCCGUUCUUUGACGCUAUUGAAGUAAUUUAAUACCAAGGAAUUAUAG